CACACUUAAUGACCUUUGUGGCCUCCCCGUGGUCAAACUCACGACGCUCGUAUUGAUGACGGCAUCCCAAGGUCUCCUUUGGGCGACUUUCUGACGAGUGAACUCCGUGGCGGGAAGCCAGAUUUGCUGAACUACCGCUGGCUAACUUAUCGACGGCAGCGAUGCGUUUAACGACGGAGGCAAGAGAGGUCGCAAAAUGGGGCCAAGCUCACUUAACCAACGCCUGCCUUAACCAAAUUGGGUGAAUCGUAGUCGUAAGUCGGGGUAUUUGCUGUAUUUGCUGGUUCCCACGAAGCCCCCUCUUGUCACGCCUGCGACACGUGUAACCCCUUCAGACGUGCAGACAUCCCAAGAGCUGAUGCGGGGAUUUCCCGGGGAAGGGGGAAGGUUUCCCGGGCAGGAGGCUGGGCCUAAGCCGGCGUCCCCUUCCCGAGAGAGGGCAGCCGAGGGCUGGAAGGAGCGGAGGGAGAACCGGCCAAGGAACGAAGGAGCCAAGCUGUUCCGGGCCGCUCUCGGACGCUGCAUGGGGAAGCGGCCUCGGCAGGCUCCCUCCUCGCUGCCCGGGGCGGCGGCGGGCGAGGGGACCGCGGGGCGGAGGCGGCGCAGCGGCGGCGCUUGUCCGGGCAGGGAGAAGCUCCGGAGGCCGCUCAUGGAGGCGGAGGAAGAGGAGGAAGAGACGGCAGCCCUGCGGGAGCCCAGCCGGCAAAAUUCGUCACCAAAUGAAAUGGAUGAAGAGCAGCCUUGCACUUCCCACUUGAAAGAAGAAGUCAGGAAACGUCAGAAUUCCAAUCAAGGUUCCCGUGGGAGCAAUUCUUCCAGGGCGUCUAGAAAAAGCUUCCGGUUGGAUUACCGACUGCAGGAAGAUGUAACGAAGUCCGAGAAAGAUAAAGAUGGCAGAUUCAUGAAUCCUUGGCCAACUUGGAAAUCAGUAACCUUCCGAAAUGUCUUGAAGUGGAUUUUCACGGAAAAAGACAACAGCCAAGUCCCAUGUUCCAAACAGAUCCUUGACACAAACCUCCCAGUGUUGACACCUUAUUUUGUCCAAAACCCUGAAUUGUUUGGAAAGACCGGAGAUGGUAUACGCGUAACUUGGCUUGGACAUGCCUCGGUGUUGGUAGAAAUGGAUGACGUCACGUUUAUUACUGACCCCAUCUUCAGCCAGCGGGCUUCCCCAGUGCAGUGUCUGGGCCCUAAGCGUUUCCGAGGUCCCCCGUGCACCGUCAGCGAACUGCCCAAAAUAGACGCGGUAUUGAUCAGCCACAACCAUUAUGACCACCUGGAUUAUCCCACCGUCAUGAGUUUAAACGCCCGUUUUGGCAGCGAGUUGAGGUGGUUCGUGCCGCUGGGCCUUUUAGACUGGAUGCAGAAAUACGGCUGCGAGAACGUCAUCGAGCUGGACUGGUGGGGAGAAAACUGCAUUCCUGAUCGCGACGCCGUCACCUUUGUUUUCACUCCUGCUCAACAUUGGUGCAAACGGACCGCCCUGGACGAAAACAAAGUUCUCUGGGGAAGCUGGUCGGUUCUGGGUCCCGGGAACCGGUUCUUUUUCGCUGGAGAUACCGGCUAUUGCGUUGCCUUUGAGGAAAUAGGGAAACGGUUUGGGCCGUUUGAUCUUGCAGCCAUUCCCAUCGGAGCCUACGAACCAAGGUGGUUUAUGAAAUACCAGCAUGUGGACCCUGAAGAAGCAGUGAGAAUCCACAUUGAUGUACGAGCCAAGAAGUCCAUCGGGAUUCAUUGGGGAACUUUUGCUUUAGCCAAUGAGUACUACUUAGACCCACCUGUCAAACUGAAGGAAGCUCUUGAGAGAAACGGCGUGCAAACGGAAGAUUUCUUUGUUUUGAACCACGGAGAAUCACGAGAUUUACAGAUUAACGAUGACGGAAUUGAAUAGAAGCAGACAAAACUUCUUAUUAACCAUAACUGAGUUGGGGGGGGGGGGUUUGGAAACUAAGAGUGAAUAUUUUUAUUUGUAAGACGAAAAUUAAAUAGGCUUUUGAAGACUUCAGGCGUGUUUAAUUAUAACAAAUUCUUUAAAAAAAACUUGCAUACCGACUUCGUAACAUGGUUUUUUGAUGAACGAAUUAAACGUAGAGAGCAUUAACAGAGCCACAAAUAACUUUAAACAGGGAUUCUUCUAUGAAAUGAACCUUUCUACAAUUGUUCAUUUGCUCUGGAGCGGUAUAAAAUAACUGCUAAGAAUUUAUUCCCAUCCAGACACACUUUAACAGCAUGUGUUCAGUGCUUGACAGAGCCUGGUUGCAUGUAAAAAUGAAUGUAAAUUUUAGUCCAACCACUAAUAUGCAAACUGAUUAUAUGCAGAUCAGUGCUGAUGAGACUACCUGAUACAGGUACGUGUGGUGAUAAUAAGAAUUACAGAGUCCUUCCAUCCUCUCCCACUCAUUAAAUAAGAUAGAUGUGUGAAGAUGCUGGGAUAAAAAACACAAGGCUACCCAAAAACGACCCUUCUGUAUUCAUAACCGGGUGCUGGAUUUAUACACGAAUUGAAAACGUUUGCUGGCAUGCCAAAAUCCUUGCUGAAAUCUGAGUUUUGGGUUAGCUGUGAAGAUGAAAACACUCAGGAGCCAGCAUUUUUAUAUGCGUGUUUAACAUGACACGAAGCCUAGAUUAAAAGGGCAUUUAGAAUUUGCCGCAAUCUUUUCUUUGGACACGCAUUUCUACGGCAUGGCUGGUUUUUAAAAUAUGAAUACCCACGUGACAGUAUUUUUAAAAGUUCCGCGUACCACCCGUGUACGGUAAUAACUGGGGUGGAAUCUCUGUUUUGAACCCUGCAGCCUUAAUGGGCAAAGGACUUGGAGCAAAGUUCUCACCAGAGGGUGGUGCCUGGUGCCUUCGAAGCUGCCGAAUUGUAGGAUUUGAAAUGAGUCUUCCGACACGAGUUGCUGCCAAAAGCACAUUUUAAGGAAAACCCAGAUUUUACCGAAGCUUCGAUUUGAAAUGAUCCCUUGAAACGUGCCUUUUCGAGAGUUUCGAAUAUGAAAAACCCCUAACGUUGAUUGUGCUGCUGGCCAAAACGUGUGUGUGUGCAUUUGUGAACUGUUUGUUAUCGUCCUCCAAAGCCUUCUGUUGUUUGAGAAUGCGAUUGGCAAACGUAUGAAAGCAUCGGUUGCUCCCAAAAACCUUUACUCCACCCCAUUUUCUUUGUGCUUCUUUCCUUACGGCGAUUGUGACUUCUAAAACCAGUAAUUUUUAAGAACAUAAUGUACAGAUUCCUUACGAAGCUGAAACCACUGACGAUGCAUUUGCUCUGCAUUAAAAACAUGACCAAAUAUCCUUGUGUGAGCCUGCUACUUUGCCAAUAAAUUCUUGCCCCAAAAUGUU